AUGCUCUUAUUCGGUCCCAUAGCUUACAAAAAUGCCCUUAUAUGGUCAAACGUUUGUGGAAAAGCUGGGGUAUGAAAUAAUAUCGUAUAUAACUGUCAUUUCUGUAAACUUUUUGAAAUAGUAAAGGCGAUUGUAUAAAAUUCUAGGCCAAACAAAAGUACUUCCAUGAACAUUUCGACCGUAUAAAGGCUAUUUAUCAACUUUAUGGCUACCCAAAAUCGACUCUACGGACUUUUAGGCCAAAUAUAAAGGCACCGCUAUGGACUUUUGGAUGGAAUAAAGGUUGUUUUAGAAACUUUUUGGCUGAGUACCUAAAAGAAUUCUAUAAACUUUUUAACCGUUUGCAGGCUUUCUUAUACCGCAUGACCUAUUAAAGAUAAAUCUAUAAAAUUUGACCAGAUUUUCUAUUAUGUACUAUUUCAGACAAGAUGAAAUGUAGAAUAGUGAAAGUAUGGUAUUUUUUGGUCUACUUUCUCUUGUUAUCACCACUAAUAGAUGGAUUAAAAUGUUAUCAAGGCACGGAACGACUAGACAACAUUGAAAUCGGCUCGGCAAGCUUUGAAUGCCCAGUCUCGGCCAUAACCUGCACCAAGUUCGUGAACUACGACAGCUACACCGUGAGCCGCGGGUGUCACAUCGACGAGUGUUUUGGGGUAAGGGUGUGAUGUUGUUUUAGGUGGGUUGGUAGGUUUUUAAGGUAAUAAAAAUGGUAUUUUAGGUAACAAAGCAGUAUUUAGGUAACAAGGCAGUAUUUUAGGUAACAAAGUUUUAUAUUUUAGGUAUAAAAUUCUCUUCUUAUGUAUGAAAUUAUUAAUUUAGGUAACAAAAAUGCAUUAGGCUGUAUUUCAGAUAAAAACAUGUUUAGCUCACAAACUAACAAGGGAAUGUUAAAAACUGCACAUUCGCUUUUUAAAAAUGAAUGGUACCAUGUGAAAGAGCGUAAAAAGUUGACUAGAAAUCUAUUUUCAAAAACUGCCAAAUUCGUCUUACAAGCCCGCUAGCGAGCCUUUAAAAUUUUCCUUAUUAAAAUGAUUUUUCUACGUCCGCUUUCUUUUGAAUUCUUUUGAAGAAAGGAAUGAAGUGUGUUCGAUUCUCCAAGUGGUCAAAGGCGCCGUGAUUGUGCGAUCUUGCGGGUCCGGUUCGAUUCUCUUUUAGGGUAGUAAGAUUUAUUUUUUUUUAAAUUUAAAUUAAUUUUCAUUAACAGAACAAAAAUUUUUUUGUUGAUAAGUGUUUCUUAUAUCUAUUAAAACAUAAAACAAUUAAAAAAAAAUUUUUUUGAACAUACAAAAAUUGAAAAUAAAGCAUAUGAACAUAAAAGGCCCUUUUAAUAAUGAUUUUUAAAGCUCGCUAGCGGGCUUGUAAGACGAAUUUGGCAGUUUUUGAAAAUAGAUUUCUAGUCAACUUUUUACGCUCUUUCACAUGGUACCAUUCAUUUUUAAAAAGCGAAUGGGCAGUUUGUAACGUUCCCUUGUAAGCCCAAAACUUUCAGACCCGUCGCGGAAUGGAGUUUUGUCGCAAUUACACCCAGUUCGGCCGCAAUGAGCAAGUGUGCUGUUGUUAUGGCAAUAAUUGUAAUUCGGGUACCAAUUUACGUGUUUCUAUAUUCAUUUCAACUGCUUUAUUGUUUCUUGUAGGUAUUGUUGCUUGA